AAUGUGAAGUAAACAUGUUCAGUCAGAGAGUGGAGAUGUACUGCUGUUAUUGUAGCGCUGAUGCAGAUGGUUGAGGGGAAGUGAGCGGAAAUACAACGGACCAACCAGUAAGUUAGCUAGCUAUUAGCUCACUGAUGUCACACUUUCCUGGCAACAUAACUCAUUAAAUUAUACUUCAAUGAAAUAUUUGUUUCUACGUGAACUACUUGUACAUUGUUUGUAAUUAUUUGAGGAGUUGUAUUGUUGCAUUCGAGUUGGUAUCACUUUAGUAGUAAUGUUAUAAACGUUUAAGAAAUGGUGUAACACAUUGGCGUUAGCAAUUAGCUGCGUGACUUGAGGUUGAGCUCAUGUUUACAUUUUCACAUUGUUAGAUAUAUUCGGUGUAUUUUCUCUUAACAAUUCAUUACAAAACGAAUUCAUUUAACUUUUGGUAAAUCUGGGAGAAAGGUACCGGGUUUUCAGUUUUACAAUAAUGUAAUCGGGGGAAUCCUUCGUAAAAUAUUUCCAUUUUAAGGACAAGGUGGGGAGUUCUAAAGUUAUGGCAGCUCUUAAAAAUCAGUUUGAGUAUUUUCAUCUUUGAAAUUGAGACCCAAUUAUAACACCUGAAAGUAAACCAGGAUCCAGCAUCAUCUUCUCUGCAAUCUGUACCUUCCCUAAAGGGUAGUCUAAUCAAUUUUAGUCCGUUUAUGUAUGACUGGCUGCAGUCACACAUAAAUAUGGUUAUGUAAGCUGCAGCGUGUGCGUGUAAGCAGAUAAGAGGAUAAAAGAGAUGGAGGAAAACACAGAAUCCAUAACACUUCAGAGUUUCUACUUUCACCUUACAGACAUUUAGUUCAGCAGCAUUUAACUUUAGAGCUUGAGCAAGGCUGUCAAUCAUUGAGCUGUUUUCCUUAAUCUGACAGUUAAUGUCCUCCAACUUUUUCUCUUGUAUGUCAAAUCUGAUCAAUAUAAUUAGUGUGAGAAGUAAAAGCUUCACUUUCAAAGACUGUAAGAAUGUCUGCUUGGUGCGCCAUCUUGUCAAACCUCUGUCAGAAAGUUUGUAUCUCAAUAUGCACAUAAUGCCAUUUACCUCUAAAGCUGGAACUAAGCAGGGAGACUGACUUGUGAUCCAUAGCCAGGAAAUUCAAACGUCAUCAUGGUGAAAAUCUUCAUUGGCAACCUAGCAUCGGAAACUACUGCCAAGGAGCUGCGAGAACUCUUUGAAAAGUAUGGCAAAGUCUCGGAAUGUGAUAUUGUGAAAAACUUUGGUUUUGUUCACAUGGACAACCUGUCAGAGGCAGAGGAAGCCAUCAAAAACCUCCACCAGACUGACCUGAACGGCUGGCGCAUGAAUGUGGAGAUGAGCAAAGGCAGAACCAAAUCCAGCACCAAACUUCAUGUCGGCAACCUCAGUGAAGAGGUCACAAGUGAAAUUCUUCGGGCUAAGUUUGAGGAGUUUGGCCCGGUGGUCGAAUGUGAUAUUGUCAGAAACUAUGCCUUUGUUCACAUGGAGAAACUGGCGGAUGCCAUGGAGGCCAUCGAUAAGAUGGAUAACACAGCCUUCAAAGGCAAGCUGAUCAACGUCCGACUGUCCACCAGUCGGCUUCGCCCGGCCCCGGGAAUGGGAGAUCAUACCGGCUGCUUUGUCUGCGGGAAACACGGUCAUUGGUCGAAAGACUGUCAAGUCGGUCGGGACGAUAGCUACGGUGAUGGCACAAGAUUUCGCAGCGUCCGGGAGCCCUCAUAUGGCAUGGCCGCACCUCCACCAGCUGAUUAUUCUAUGUAUAAUCGAGCUAGUUAUGCUGGCGGGUUGCCGCCGCCGCCUCCUCCUCCCCCGCCACCUCCUCCGCCUAAUCGUGGCUAUGCCGCUCAGCUGGGGGAUUGGUAUGCGAGCCGAGCUGCAGGCGCAUAUGCAGACAGGUCAUAUGUUUAUGAUCGUAGCCGUCUCUACAGCAGUGCUGAUUAUUAUGAAAAGUACAGAGCUCGGCCUUAUGGCUCAAGCUACUUCGAAGAGCGUCGUUUGCCCUAUCUCCCACCUCCACCCCCUCCGCCUCCCCCUUCCUCUCUUCCCAAGGUCUCACCCAGUGUGGAUCCAUAUGACCGCCGGCCGGUGCCUCCAGCUUCAUCAGUCACUGCAUACUACACACCGGAACACAACCCAAUCAGACGAGUACCGGUUGUCUCAACGGCCUACAACUACGAACGAAAGCGGCUGUCUCCAGUACCUGCUACCACAAGCUCCUACUCUGUUUCACAGCCCAAAGAACAUUAUGCACAGCGAUACGCGCCUUAUUAAAGCCGUGGUACCAAGGUCGGAACUUCAGGACUUUUUUCACUCUUUCCUCAACCUCUACAGUCCCAUCACUGUAUGUAGCGUCCAGAUAUGAACAUAGAAGAUAUCUGGUUUAGAAAUGGGAUGCCAGCUACCUGCAGAAGAGUCCGUUGUUCUCAUUCACAAAAGGAUGACUGACAGAAUGCAGUUUGACAGGUUUUCAGCUAUUUUUUUUUUUAGUUAUAAUCUUUUUUUGUUCCAUGCAUACGGCAGAUUGUUAAAAUCUGAAA